AUCCUGCACAAAUCUUCCAGUGUUGUUCAGAUCAGAGUUAAAGUCCAAAAUUGAUAUUGACCACCAAAGAAGACUGGCUUGAGAUUGAACAGUGACAACAGCAACACUAAUCGUUCUGCCUGCUUCUCCAUCAGUGAAACGCAAGCAGCAAUGUCCCUUCUCGGGAAUGUUUAGAAAACAGAGGAUGAGAAGCAAUGUUCCAAGAACUGCCACCUGUAUCCAUGGAUAAAAUCCAUCCUUGAAGAUGAAGGGAAAGAGACAAGAAUUCAAAGCCACCAAUGCUGCAGGAAACACCAUCCAGAGAGGAAUACAAACCCAGUACAACGUGAAUACAGAUGAUAAUCUAAUUUAUGCAUCAGCAAAGCUCAAUAUAACAACCACUGUCUAUCUGUGGGAACCAGUGCCAGUAGCCCGGCUGCCCUGGCUCAGGUGUGGGAGCCGUGUGCUGAGAAGGGAACACUUUAUUGCCAGAGCGCAGGCAGGAUGAGCAGUCAUCGCACCUCCGCAGGGGCUGACAAACCUGCCAUGGCACCACUCCUUCUAUGCCCCUAUUUCCUCCCUUCUGUCCCCUUCUCCCGAGGCUGGGGGGCAAUCAGCCAUCUCACGGACCCCACAGCGAAACGGGGCACACUUUGCCCCAGCGGCCGCCAGCGCCUUGGGGCAAACCGCCAUCUUGGGCCUCUCGAGGCUGAGAGCCGCGCCUCCCCUCAGGCGGCAGCGGGGCGGUACGGACUGCUGCUCUUCGUCCCCGCCGGUGCGGCAGGAGGAGAGCGGGCCCUGUCGCAGCAGCACCGUCUUCCGUGCCGUGCCGGGCCGUGCCUGGCGGCAGGGACCGGUGGGGACAGCCAGGGCAGGGGCCAGGACGCCAGGAGGCCGGCGCGGCGCAGGCCCGGCGGCCGCAGGAAGGGGAGGGAGGCGGUCGCAGCCAUCAUGCGUGCGCUGCCGGGGCUGGGGCGGCUGCUGGCGGCGCGGGGGUGGGGGUGGCCGCCGCGCCGCUGCCUCAGCGCCAUGGCCCGCUACGGCACGGAGCAGCGGGGGCGGCCCAACACUCCCGAUUACCGCCUCUACUUUAAGAAUGCAGAUGGUAAAUACAUUUCCCCAUUUCACGAUAUUCCACUCUUUGCUGGAUCCAAAGAGGAUAAAGAGAUUCCUGCAAAGAGGUCAAAGACUACAGGAAAUGAGGUCCUGUUUAAUAUGGUUGUAGAAGUGCCUCGUUGGACAAAUGCAAAAAUGGAGAUUGCCACUGAGGAGCCGUUGAAUCCCAUUAAACAAGAUACAAAGAAAGGCAAGCCUCGAUAUGUGGCAAAUAUCUUUCCUCACAAGGGUUAUAUAUGGAAUUAUGGUGCCCUCCCUCAGACCUGGGAAGAUCCAAACCAUACAGAUAACAUUACAGGAUGCUGUGGGGAUAAUGAUCCUGUUGAUGUUUGUGAGAUAGGUUCAAAGGUUCGCUCUUCUGGUGAGAUUGUUCAAGUGAAGGUCUUGGGUGUUUUAGCUCUUCUCGAUGAGGGAGAGACAGAUUGGAAGAUAAUUGCCAUUGGUGUGGAUGACCCAGAAGCCCAGAAAAUCCAUGAUAUUGAUGAUGUCAGGAAGCACAAACCAGGUUACCUUGAGGCUACGAUUGACUGGUUCCGGUGUUAUAAAGUCCCUGAUGGUAAACCAGAAAAUCAGUUCGCUUUUAAUGGAGAAUUUAAAGACAAGGAUUUUGCUGUUGAAAUUAUUAAAUCAACCCAUGAAUACUGGAAAGCUUUGCUUCAUAAAAAAACGGAUGGAGGUACUGUUAAAUGCACAAAUGUUCUGGUGAGUGGCAGCCCUUUUUGUUGCAGUGAGGAGGAGGCGCGAUCAAUUGUGCAGUCGAUGGGGAAAAUAGAUGCAGUGCUAUUCUGAAUGCUGUUGUUACUGCAUGCAAUUUCCAAUCUGCGGUAACUAAGAAAAGCACAAAUGCUCUUGAAGAAAGAAUGGUGGACAGUCAAGCUCGGAAUACAAGCAGGGAAGCUGACUUGCACAUUUUAAGCAGAUAUCCUUUUGUGUGGUACACUGUAGUGCCCACUUUGGUUGUCAGGCACUCAUGUCUUUCACACAAAAGUGAAAGUACGUGAGUGUUGGCUGCAGAAUUUUAAUGGCUGUGGUAGUUUUAAGUGAAAGCCGCCUGUGUGUGGUUUGGGGGUUGUUUGUUUGUUUGUUUUAUUGUGUUUUUUUGUUUGUUUUUUUUUUUUUCAACUGAAAGCAGAUACAUUUUCCUUCUAAUUUAUGUCCGUUUAUUAACUUCUGGACAAAAGCAAAAGAGUGAAAGCUGCUGAAGUAGAGGUUUUAUCUGCAAGUACAGUAAGAAACAUAUUUUGGCUUUUGCAAAAUUUCUGAGCUUGCUUUUGCAGCGAGAGUUGGUUCCCUACACUUCUGCUUCUGCAGUCAGACUAUAAGCAUGGAGUUUCUGAAUGGGUGAUAUUUGCCUUAAGUCAGAUAUUUUGAAUGUUAAA